UCUAGAUAACGGAAGAUGGCUUCCACAAGAAGUAAAUCGGAUUCGAAGGAAGAAGUGAAACAAACCCUAAACUCCAAAAACCCUAAGAAUGUCUACCAAAUCGGAGGCCUUCAAGUUGAAUUCCCUUACCAACCCUACGGAACACAGCUUGCGUUCAUGAGCCGGGUCAUAUCUACGCUUGAUCGUGCCCAGAGAGAUGGUCACUCCCACGCAUUGCUCGAGUCUCCCACGGGUACAGGCAAAUCUCUGUCUUUGCUCUGCUCCGUUCUCGCUUGGCAAAAGAGCUACAAAUCUCGGUUUCCUAAUGGAAAUUUGUCUCAUUCGAAAACGCAGCCCUCAGAUAUUGCUGGAUCUAGUAAUGUGGAGCCACAUGAACCUCAGAUUCCCACCAUAUACUAUGCUUCACGAACUCAUGCUCAGAUCACUCAAGUCAUUCGUGAGUAUCGAAAAACCGGUUACAGAGUUCCCAUGACUGUAUUGGGUUCAAGGAAACGUUACUGCACCAAUAGUCAUGUACAGGGGAAAGAGAAUGUAGACGAAAAAUGUCGGUUGCUCCUAAAAGAUAAGAAAAACAUAAAAUGUGCCGAGUUCAAUGGCGUCGGUCGGAUCUUAGCUUACCCAUCACUUCAGCAGACCGGUCACAAUGGGGUUCAUGAUAUUGAAGACCUUGUAAAAAUUGGAAAAACUGUUACAGGCCGUCUACUAAAAUCUUUCACUGUCCACAGUAAUAUGGAAGACAUUGCUCGUGAAGCAGGAAGCAUUAACUUGGAAGAAGACAUUAUUUUCAAAUUGAAGAAUGAACUAGAACAGAUGAGUGAGGUUGAGCCAGAGAUAUAUGAUUCCUUGUAUGAAGUAGUAGAGGGAUUGAUAAGCUGGAUUGGAAGAAAGAAGGAUUCACUCGCAAAACGUGAUGUUGACCACUAUUUCUCUAACUGGACUGGAGAUAGAGCUUUGAAAGAGCUAAAGGAAUUCAAUAUCACUCGAGAAAACUUCCCAAACUUAAAGGCAUGUUUUAACCAAGCGAUCACAAAAUCAGAAGCAGCAGAAAUUGACCCGGAUAAGCCUUAUUUGAGUGGGAUAUCUGUCUCCACACUAGAAGAGUUGUUUGCUACACUUACAUACUUCUUUUCAAGAAAUGGAAGUCACGUCCUAGAUUAUGAAAUGGGUUUACAACGUUCUGCUAAGAGAGGAGAUAAUGGGUGGACGAAUACUUUCAGUUUAUGGUGCAUGAAUCCGUCUGUUGUUUUCAAAGACUUAGCUGAUCUGUCUUUAUCCAUCAUUUUAACAUCUGGGACUUUGUCACCGAUGAAUUCUUUCUCAUCUGAACUUGGGAUGCAGUUUGGUACUUGUUUAGAGGCUCCACAUGUGAUUGAUCCUAAUAUGCAGGUGUGGGCUGGUGCAAUCUCCACUGUUCCUGGUAACUAUCCUCUAAACGCAAGUUAUAGAACAGCUGAGGCAUAUGCAUUCCAGGACGCUCUAGGGAAAUCAUUGGAAGAAAUCUGCACUAUUGUACCAGGUGGCUCUCUUGUAUUCUUUCCAAGCUAUAAGUUGAUGGAAAAACUUUGCACACGUUGGCAUGAAACUGGACAAUGGUCUCGGCUCUGCUUGAAAACAGACCUUUUUAUCGAACCAAGAGGAGGAUCCAAGGACGAUUUCGAAACUGUUCUCAAGGAAUACUAUGAUUCGAUAAGCGGAAAGAACAGAUUGAUUGGAAGAAAUAGCAGCGUUAAGAAAGCAGGGUCUGUUAUAACUGAGGCUCAAGAUGAUUCCAAGAGAGGAUCUGCAUUUCUUGCAGUAUGUAGAGGAAAGGUUUCAGAAGGGAUGGAUUUUUCUGAUGACAACGCCAGGGCAGUGAUAAUUGUUGGCAUUCCACUUCCAAACUUGGGCGAUAUUCUAGUCGAGCUAAAGAGAAAAUAUAAUGAUACCAACAAAUCAUCUAAAAACCUUCUUGGAGGGAGUGAGUGGUAUUGCCAACAGGCGUAUCGUGCUUUAAAUCAAGCAGCAGGACGAUGUAUCCGUCAUAGGUUUGAUUAUGGUGCCAUCAUAUUCUUAGUUAUUGUAGCUCUGAGGUUACCGACAACCAAGGAACAGAGCGUCUAUUUCAAAGUGGCUAAGGCAUCUAUCAAAGUGUAUGAUAAUUUUGAAGCUUCUAUGGAAGGACUAAGAUAUUUUUUCAGCAGUGUCAAGGAGAGAGUUGACAGCAAGAUGUUAGAGUCUCAUGAGCAGAACUUGUCCUCUGAAAACCAAAGAAAUGAAUUCGUAAGAAAGGAGAAUCAGACUCAGAACAAAUCUAGUCAUGUGGAACCAAAGCAAACAAUACCUGCUCACACAUUCAUUCAAGUUAAAAGGGAAGCUGAAUGCUGCAAAGGAGUCAUUGACCUUGACUGCGAGGUCCAACCUGAGCCUGGGUAUUGUGAGGAGUCAUCGGUGACCAACUGUGAUGAAGAUCCAGAAACAUCUUUUGUCUCUGGUAUGAUCAAUGGUAUUGCAACAGCCAGACCAUGUUCUAGCUCGAAGUAUGAAAGCUCUAGCCUAGAAACAGGUCUGAGAUCUCUGAAGUCUCCUGAUCAAUUCUUAAAACGGCAUGUAUCUAAUGCAAAUUUCAGAAGAUCUCCUCUUGGAGCUGAAUCGUCUGUAACUCCUGAGAGAUAUUCCAUUGGUGAUAUGCGUAAUAUGACUCUAGAAGCAGAGUCACCUUUGAACAUGAGUGUUAAUUCACAUGUUUUGAAGAGAAGAAAGUUUACUACAUCUCCAAUCAUCAUUGACCUUGAAGAAGAAAACAGUAAUGCUCCUGACAAUAGACCCGAGGAUCACACGAGUUUCACUAGAAGAAUUGAAUUUGGGUUUCCAGAAGUGGAUCAGAGAGUGAUGAGGAUAUCAUGUUCACUCUGCAGAAGUACAUUAAGUCACCCUGAGAACAACUCAUAUCCCAUAUGCAUGUUGACUUCGUCGUCCAAAACCUAUUUGCUGUCUCUUCUGAAAGAAACAUCAGGAACAGGUUCUGCAGAAAUGCCAACAAGUGUUUCAGUUAUCAUGACAGAUUGCUCAUUGGUUAAUCAGAGACUCUGCACAAAUUCUGAAAGCUCAAAUGGUCAGGGUAUUUGGUGCCAGCAAGAUGGAUGUGUUUUCAAAACUAUCUUCUGCCCUUUCUGUAGUGUCCCAAACACCUGCCUUGGAAUGCAAGUCAUGGCUACUGAUUCAUCAAACGUCCAGUUUAUGAGCAAAAUUUUGUUCUUUGCUGAUCAUCUAGAAGUCACGAAUGAUGCUGCAAGCAAGGAAACAAGGUUAACGCACAAGUCUUUUUUUAUACAAAUGCCUAAAGAUAUAAUCUCAUCAGCUUUUGGUACAUCUCUGUUACAAGUUACAACUGAUUUCAGACCUCUAAAGAUUGCAUAUGGGAAAGAAACAGUGGUACAGAUCGGGAAACUUUGCUCUAUUGAUCCAACAUAA